GAAUCUUCUGUUGGUAAAUGAAGAUCAACGCUGAUUGAAAUGGCGUCAGUCGGGCUACGUGGUUGGGCUCUCUGCACCGUGUCUCUCCUAAACUCUGCGUUUGUUUUCAUAUCCGGUGCGGACUUUGUUCGGUUUAUAUCAUUUCGAGCCAUUUACCACAACAUCACCGGGGACACGAAGCUCUGUCAAGACUCUAUACCGUGGUCGGUGGCCCUGCAGGACAGCUCUGUCCUCGGGUCUCUUUUUGUGGAUCUGGGGCUGCUGGCUCUCUUCAUCGUGCAGCACAGUCUGCUCGCCUGGUCACCCGUCAAACACGCCCUCCAAUCAGUGCUGGGGACCCUGAACAGGACGGCUUACUGCUUCACCACAGCACUGGCACUUCAGAUCAUCAUGCGUUACUGGCAGCCCGUGACUGGCGCCCCCUGCCUGUGGUCGGUGCGUCAUGCACCCUGGAGUAUCUGGUUCCCUCUGCUCUGCUUCAGUCUGCACUUCCUCUGCUGGGCAAUCAUCUGCAGCAUCCUCAUGAUCUUUGAUUACCCUGAACUGUUGGGCAUCAAGCAGGUGUACUACGAUUGUCUCGGUUUAGGGGACCCUCUGUCUCACAAGUCACCUCGUGCCCAGCACCUCCUGUCUCACUUCCGCCACCCGGUGUGCCUUGAGCUUGGCGUCGUGCUGUGGCUCCUGCCGGCCUUGUCCCUGGACAGGCUCCUGCUGGCGGGGACUCUGUCGACCUACCUGGCCCUGGCACACUCUCUGGACAAACAGGAUUUAGCCUACCUCUGCGUCCAGCUUAACCACAAGCUGCAGCUCUUUGCCGAGCCGCACCGGGGCAGCGGCGACGCCAGCGACCACAAGGAGGAGUGAAGUGGAGGUCUUCUUACUGCUUCGAUGUGAAGCUUCAAGCUAACUGCGGUCUUAAUAUUCAACAGAAAUGUUACAAAACUCACUUCUCAAUCAACCUGGUCGUCUGCUCUGGCCAUUUCUGCUAAAGCCAAAUGUCCUAACUCAACUUGACACUGGGUUUUUUAAAGUUUUCUUUUCACUGAUUACAUUUAGGAACAACGAUUCUCAAAUGUAAUCAGAAUAUAUAACGUUUUAUUGUAAAGUUUUAUUUUGUGUCCGAAAUUGAUUGAUAAUACAUGUAACAUUUUGCUAUAAAACCUGUCAAAUAUUCUUUAUUGAGUUCAUCAUACAGUACAUUUUUACCAUUUACCAAAUUCAGGUAUACGCUGUAUUUCUAUGCACACUCAUUUUUAGUUAAAUUGUCAUUGAGUAAGAAUGUCACACUGAUAUUUCACACUGUCAAAAAGCACAAAAAUGCAGCUUUGUUUUUCACACUUUUCAGCUAUCAUGAAGAACAAUGGUAUUUCUUAGAUCAUGAAUUGUGUAUUUCCUCAGUUGCUCUAUUUUGUGUUGGGGACAGUAAUGUCAUGAACAAAGUGAAUAAAGUUGCCUUUUCUUAAUAUGUCAUUAAUUCUCGAACUUCAAAAGUACUGUAAUCUUUGAUUUAACAUGUAUUUUAUGCUGGUAUUAGUUGUUGUAUUAUGGCUUCACUGUAAUGACAAUUAUAACUUUAGGUAUUUUCAUGUUGAAU